CUCUGUACGAGCCAAAACAAACGCAGGGGGUUAAUUCUAACGACGAACGAUAGGUGCAACACAACAGUGCUCGUACUCAUACUUGCACAAAUUCUAGAGCAGCAGAUCAACACAAUCACACUUCGCAUCAUGUUUUCCCUAAACAAGAACAUUCGAGCGUUCCUACCGGUCUUGUGCCUUCUCCUCCUUUCGAUCCAGGGGAUUGAAUCCUUCGAGGUCGGGUCGAGAGCGAUCAAGAGAAGCCCAUCAGCAGCAAGAGUUCCUUCGAAUCAAUUGUCGAACCGAGCGGAACCCCUAUCGAUAUUGAACGCAAAGAAGAAAAAAACUGUCGAGGAGAAGACGGAAAAAGAGGAGAGGAGUGGGUUCGGAUUGUUCCUUGUGUACAUGACGCCGUGGAGGAAUCCCAACUCKAUUUUCGUGUACAUGUUCGGAGUCCUCUACUGCCUCGGCAAGUACAGCGAAGCCCAGUCGAUUGCCAGGGAUGCCGGUGUUUUGUAAGACAAUGAUCGUCGCCCAGGAUUUUUUUCAGAGGUAUCCCUCGCUCSCGAUCUCGGUUAAACACAAGAACACAACAAUCAAUGUGUUGCGAAAAGGAAUACUCACGUCAGACGAAGACAGUCGAUUUGAGGAGGCAAAUGCGAUUGAGUCACAUCGUGCUGUUUCGAUGAGAUCACUUUUGAAAUGCAGCGAUAUGCCAUUGGAUUCCCUUACUAUCCRAUUCUGAUAAAUAGAAAACUUGCUACCAUUUCCCUUGCGGAAUUUUAACAAAGAAGAUUUUGAUUUUCAAUGUUAAUUACAAAAUACC